AUGUCUGACUCACACCUGACUUUCUGUUUUCUUUCUUCAAUUCUUGCUCUUAUUGUAAUUUUCAUUCUCAUCAAAAGAAAGAAACCAAGGCUUAAUCUUCCCCCUGGCAAAAUGGGAUGGCCCUUUCUUGGAGAAACUCUUGGGUAUUUGAAACCUUAUUCUGCUACUACAAUAGGAGACUUUAUGGAAAAGCACAUAGCAAGGUAUGGUACAAUUUACAAGUCACAAUUAUUUGGUGAACCAGCUAUAGUGUCAGCAGAUGCAGGGCUUAAUAGGUUCAUAUUGCAAAACGAAGGGAAGUUAUUUGAGUGCAGCUAUCCUAGAAGCAUUGGGGGAAUACUUGGGAAAUGGUCUAUGUUGGUCUUAGUAGGGGACAUGCAUAGGGACAUGAGGAAUAUAUCACUGAACUUUCUCAGCUAUGCUAGGCUUCGAACACAUCUAUUGAAAGAGGUUGAGAAGCAUACCCUUAUAGUUCUAAACUCGUGGAAGGAAAAUAGUACAUUCUCAGCUCAAGAUGAAGCAAAGAAGUUCACCUUCAAUUUGAUGGCGAAACAUAUCAUGAGCUUGGAUCCAGGGAAUCUAGAGACAGAACAAUUAAAGAAAGAGUAUAUCUCUUUCAUGAAGGGUGUGGUUUCUGCUCCUUUGAAUUUUCCCGGAACUGCAUACUGGAAAGCAUUAAAGUCUAGGUCCACUAUACUGAAGUUCAUAGAGAGGAAAAUGGAAGAAAGAGUCAAGAGAAACCAAGUGGGAAAGGAAAGUUUGGAGGAAGAUGAUCUUCUAAACUGGGUUUUGAUGCAUUCAAAUCUUUCAACCGAGCAAAUUCUUGACUUGGUUCUGAGCUUGCUUUUUGCUGGCCAUGAAACUUCAUCCGUAGCCAUAGCUCUAGCUAUUUACCUCUUACCUAGUUGUCCUCGAGCUAUACAACAAUUAAGGGAAGAACAUGGAGAAAUAGUCAAAUUGAAGAAGCAAGCAGGGGAGGUUGAAUUGACUUGGGAUGAUUACAAAAGAAUGGAAUUUACAAACUGUGUUGUGAACGAAACACUUCGGCUGGGAAAUGUUGUGCGGUUCCUUCAUAGGAAGGCUCUCAAAGAUGUUCGGUACAAAGGUUAUGACAUUCCACGUGGGUGGAAAGUCCUUCCAGUGAUUUCAGCGGUGCAUUUGGAUCCUGCACUUUUUGACCAACCUCAACACUUCAAUCCAUGGAGAUGGCAGUUGGAGGUGCAGGGCAAUAGUAAAAGUGGAAGUUGCUCAAACACAAGCAAUAACUUCAUGCCAUUCGGGGGAGGACCAAGACUGUGUGCGGGUUCAGAAUUAGCAAAACUUGAAAUGGCUGUUUUCAUCCACCAUCUCAUCCUCAACUACCAAUGGGAACUGGUCGAUUCCGAUCAACCUAUUGCAUACCCUUUUGUUGAUUUUCCCAAAGGUCUAUUAAUCAGAGUCCAAAGCCACUCUUUGAUAUGAGCAAAAUUCAUCCGAACCACUC